ACAAUAUUUCUUUAUUUAAACGAGAACAUAAUCUGUUAGUUGAACUAAAAUAUGAACAAAGAGUUGCCGUCUGCUCGAAGAAGAGCCGUCCAGAUCUUGUGCUCUAUUGCCUGGUGCUUGAUGGCCGCCGGCCCGGUGUUUGGGUUCGCAGCUCUUAAACCUAUCUUGAUAAACGAGGGAAUCUACUCAGAACAUUGCCAUUUCAAUGACAAGGACCUUGAGAGUCCGGAAACAUGCGUGGAGCAAGACUUGUCGUUGAACUUUCUCUUCACCGUCGCUUGUAUGGUAACUAAUAUAAGUGCUUUGCCUGUGGGUUCUAUUUUGGACAGUUAUGGCCCUCAAGUUACAGGAAUCAUUGGUGCUGUUGUCAUAUUUAUCGGCAGUUUGUUCUUGAAGUUGGGCCAUCUUCUUACAUUCAUGGACGCAUAUCUCGCUGGGUAUACCUUUUUGGCAUUGGGAGGCCCAUUUGUGUUUAUUUCAUGCUUUCAAUUGGCCAAUAGCUUCCCCAAGAACUCAGGGUUGAUUCUUGCUUUACUUACAGGGGCUUUCGACUCAUCGUCGGCAUUAUUUUUGGUAUACAGACUCGUGUAUACCAACGUGAUAGAGGUGCCGUUGAGUACCUUUUUUACCUACUUUUUGGCGGUACCGAUUUUCAUUUUUGUUUGUCAGGUGUUUGUGAUGCCCCAUGAUUCGUACAAAACAGUAGGAACUUUGGCCAAAAUUGCAGAAACCGCUAUUGACGAGACAGGAAAACCUUUGAACUCCGACCUUUUGCUUCCGGAAGACAGGAAUGAUGAACUGUUCAUUGAACCCAUUUACCAGCCAACAAUCACCGAAACUACCACUUUAUUGAUGAGGAGCGCAUCUUCUCACAGAAGGGAAUCGACUAUUUCCAGAGCCAGUUUCGCUUCAAGAGCCUCAAUAAAAUCGGUGUACGAGCAAGAAGCAGAGGACAAGUUGUUCAACUCUUCUGGAGGCGUGUUUGGUGUCAUGCAUGGAUACACCAUUACUGAGCAAUUAAAGUCUUGGUGGUUCAUCUUGAUGGCACUCUUCACCACUAUACAAAUGUUGAGAAUUAACUACUUUGUGGCCACUAUCCGUUCUCAAGAAGAGUAUCUCUAUCAAAGCAAGGAGACGGCCAUCAUCGUCAACCACUUUUUCGAUGCUGCUUUACCAAUUGGGGGAUUACUCUCCAUUCCUUUCAUUGGGUUGAUUUUGGAUAACCUUACCACUUUAACCACUUUAAUAAUCUUGAUGGUGGUGUCUGUCACCAUCGGAAUAAUGGGGAUCUUGUCUUGGUUACCAGGAACUUAUUUCGGUAUCAUCUUGAUGGUGUUGUACAGACCCUUCUAUUACACAGCAGUUUCCGACUUUUGUGCCAAGGUGUUUGGAUUCGAAACAUUUGGUACCGUUUAUGGUUCCAUUAUCUGUUUUUCAGGAAUUUGUAACAUCUUGCAACAGGUCAUGGAUAAGGUUACCCACGAAACUUUUCAUAUGAACCCAAUUCCCAUAAACUCAUUGUUGACUGCACUUACCAUCAUACUUGGUGGUAUAUUAAUUCAAUUCGUUCGUGUCCAGGAAAGAGACUUAAAAAGAAGAAACUUGGAGUUAGAAGCUCAAGAAGCAUCUAUUAGAGGAAUUCCUAACUAAGCCUAGUUUGCAGUUUAUAUUAUUAAUUCCUAAAAAUCAUAGUACCAUGUUAUCGAUGUCUCUUUUCUCUGGGAACCAGAUCCGGGUCCAAGGCCACCAAUGGAGGAACUGUCUCGAUGGUUUUACUGGGGCCCUUGUUGACCACUCGGCUAUUCAAAGGAGGAAUGUGUUUAUUCUCAUUAUUGCUGUGCUUGUCAUCAAGAUGUUUCAUAUCGUAAACUUUGGGAAAGUCGGAAAGAACCGAUUUCGCACUCAUUUCUUCUUGUUAGCCUUUUCAAGUUGUCUUCUAGACCCUUUUAAUAACUCCAAAUGUCCAACUCUACUAGAAACCAACUUUUCAGUAUCGACCACCAAUUUAGAAUGAUGCGUUUUCGCCAAGUUUGCGGUCAAAUCUCCCUUCUUUGGCUUGUAAACUCUUGGAGAUGCUUUCUUAGGGUUGAUUUGUUUUUUGGUGACUCUAGCAGGCGCCUUAUUUUUCAAUUUCAAGUUCCCCUGAGCCAUUUAUACUGUAGUUUAA